AUGGUCGCACAUGGCUCGUUGCCUACGCUCUUAGGUGCCGCCGGUGCUGCGGUCGACGGAUCUAAGGAACCCAAUGCCAAAGCCGAGUCUGCACCAACUCAGGAAGUCAUGGUCACUGAGGAUCAGAAGAGAAUGUGUGCCGCCGUCCACUCCUCGCAGAUUUAUGCUUGCCUAAAUUGUGGGACCACGCUGGCCGAGAAGGCCACCCAGCUGCGUCAGCGCAAUUUUUCAGAAGUUGGCACCAGUGUUGACAAAGAUGGCAUGGGGUGGCCUUCAGUAGCGGCAUAUAUGCUACGCAACAAGAAAGACGAUGGCCGUGGACUGUCUGGGGGUAGAGCUGCCACGAUGUCCAACAUCGAGAUGUUUCAGCGCGACAACAUUUUCUUUUGUGGCCUGCUCGGCAGCCUGUGUGGUAGUGCGUGGAAUGCCAACAUUUGCCUCAGCUCUUUUUGCACCUAUGCCCGUGGCUGCUGUGCAGCAGACGUGGCAGACGAGUCGCAAGUGAGUUCAACAUUGGACGAUGUUUUCUUCAACGAAAUUUUCAACAAGCAUUUUGGGGGCACGCUGCUUCGUGCACCGUCCCUGCAUGAGGACACCUUCGGAGUGGAGAAUGCAGUUGUCUGCGAUCUCCAAGAGUCUCUCGUGGAUCUCGAACUGAGGCAGGGCCGCCUCUUCCAGCCUUGUAAGGUUUUCUUCAAGCAAGAUGAGAAGCUUGGCCUCCUUGUCGAAGCAAUUGCAGUAAUGGACGGCGAGAGCUCACAGCCUGCGCUUUACCAGAAGCAGACCUCUUCUCUCAACGAAUGGCUGUGGGCAAAGCGCAUCGCGGUUGCGGGGGCAUUGCAGCGCCACCAGUUCGAAGAGCACCUGGUACUUGGCCACAUGGUCAUGGAGACCUUCGUUGCCCUUGCCUACAAGCAUUUGACUGCAGAUCACUAUGUGUUCAAGCUAUUGGAGCCAAUGUGCAGCGAUGUGGGUUUCCUGAACCGCUCGUGGGGACUAGAUUUUCUGUUGACCAACGACGGAGCACCCUACGAAGCCGUCCUGAAGUUCUUAGCGCCGCAGUCAAUGCUCACCAGGACUAGCUUGAUCGAGCAACUCGCGCGAGCACGGGAGCGUUUCGAUCCUCGGUCCUGGUUUUGGUUCGACCAAGGAGGCUACAUGAAGGGAGGAUCCGGAGUGAAGGAGUCCACGGCUUUUCCUGUGCGGGACACGGCCGAGAAGCUCUUUGACGCGAUGCUGCUCUGGACAAGCGCUGUGGUGGAUAUGUACUGGGAGGAGCAGGAUGUAGCACUCCAGUCUUGGUGGAAGGCACUCUGGUGGAACCCGAUGAAGCAUGCAAAGCGGAAGCUUUCUCCAGACACUCUGUCGCACCUGCUUGCCACCUGUAUUCUGCAGUCCACAUAUGUGCACGAUUUAGCCCAUGAAGCUUGGUUGCCUGAGAACCACUCUCAGCUAACCUGGACCUUGCGAUCUCGGGCUCCAGGAUCGACUGAUCCCAGGGACUACCUGCCAACCGCAAAAGAGCAAAACACCCACCACUUGGGGCUGAUGGCUCUCAACGGCUCCAGCCUUGAAAGCCCCAUUCUGUCUUAUCGAAAGGUUUUCCCAAAGGAGAGCCUCCAGCAACAGUUGAAGACUUUCGAAGACAGCCUUACACGAAUCGUCCUUGCGACUCCUCACAUGAAGAGCCUUGGCAGCAUGUCUCACUGA